UUGAAGACUGUCAUUUUCUCCAAUUUAUCUUAACGUUUGAACGAAAUAUUAAUUUGUGAACAGCCAUGUGGAUGGUUACUACUACCAUAAGGACUCAAAAAAACUUAAGUGAUAGCAUUUACUACGGACUUAAAAAUUUAUGAAGCUUGACUCUUCUCUUUCUGUUAACAAAGGACAUAACGCACACGGAAAGCCUUCGAUCAGUUCGACGGAAACGUUGAUAGUUAGCGACGCUUUCCGCUUUUACUAAAUUAUACACUCCGGUUUUUGUAGAAUGAAGCUAGCGUUGCUGAGUUAAAGUAGCAACACAUUUAAUGUAAAUAUUUACUUAUUAUGACAGACGAAUGGCAAUUCCAGUUAAAACUUCAUCAGCUGCCACUCUGUAGUUGGUUGUGCUUUUUUAUAAUACUCUACUGAACAGUAAAGUUGUUAAUAUCUAAAUUAUGUAAUAUUUGUGCAUCCGUGUGUGAGUGUUUGGUGUCUGUGCGGUGCUAAAUAAGUUGAUAUUAAUUUCAAAAGUGCGAUUUUGUGCCACUACGUUAUCCAAUUUCGAAGGCACCGGUAAAACGGUAGUGAACGGGUUUGCCAAGCACAUAAAUCCCUAAUACCGUUAUCUUAUCACAAAAUAAAUGCACGAAUUCCAAUAUAAUGAUACUCAACAUUAGGCCAAAAGAAUUCUAUUUACAGCCAAAGGCUCAUUCUUUAACUAUUAUUCGCUAAACUCAGUCAAGUCGGUUGUGAGCGCACGGUAUAUAUGCUUAUAUACAUUUGUACAUGCAUAUAUUAGCAAUAACACAAAUAAUAAAAUUGUAUUUCGAGCGGUAUAGCAAGCGCACACAAACAAAUAAAUAAAGUGAAUUGAAAGCGCGCUGCGAAAAAAAUACCGGUGAGCAUUACUCACACAUCUUGAAAAAAAAUUCGUGAGUAACUUCAUUUCUAUGAAUCUACCAACUAAGGGACAAUUCUUUUAAAGUUGUAGUAGCUUCUUGAUUUUUUAAUUAUUUAAACGUGUGUGCGUAGCAAUUGUGUGAGCGGAUGUUUAAGUGGAUAGUUCUUGUACGUUCGACAAGUGUCUGUAAAUGCAGUGAACAUAUGUAUGUAUGUAAAUAUGUACAUAUGUAGUAGAAUUUGUUUUUGUGUUUGCUUUGCUAUACGGUCUAAAACAUUUGCAACAGCACAAAAAGUUCUAGCUUGUUUUAAUUAAACAAAUAUUCGACUUUAUGCGUACACACAUUUGUAUGUACAUACUUAUGUAUAUACGAGUAUUCAUAAGUGCAUAUGGGUAUGAAUUUUUAGUGAACCAGCAAAGCGAGUUUAACAAAAUAAUAAAUUAAUCUGCUCGCAGAUGAUCAUCGCAGAAACACAUGCAAAGUGCAAAUUUUUUAAAUCAGCUUAAUAUAUAUUUUAAAUAGACAUACAUAUGCAUGAAUGUGUGUAUAUGGUAUAUAUGUAAUAUAUUCUUAAUCAUCUACGAUGUCGACUAUAUCGCUUAGGCAAUAACUUAGUAUGGAGUUUUCAGUGAAAACAAUGUGAAAGAGUUUUAUUGUAUCCACUGAUAAGAGUGUUUUCGCGAUAAUAUUUGUGAUGUCAUAAUAGAUACAUACAUACACAUUUACACAGAUAUGGUAAUGUAAUCAUGUACGAUUUGCUGAUACGUACACUUGUGAUAACAGCCUGCAUAGUUGAGUGUUGGAGCUUUAAUAGCAUAUUAUCACAAACAGUCAUAAAUGGAACAAACGGCACGCUUUCAAAGUUCAUAAAUUCCAUUGAGUUUGCGGCAGCGAACGAAGCGUUAAAUUACAGCGCGUCUACAGAGAGCAUGUUAGAGAACGCAAAAAAUGCUGCUUCACCUGAGGAUUGCUCUCAGCGCAACAAAAAGGCAGCACAACCGAUAAAUACGAAAAACUCGCGAUUUAGAAAAUGCUGUCCUAAUGGCGAGGGACUGAGCGUAUUUCGUGACAAUAAAACAGACGAAUUCUGCGAUUCAACAAAUUUUAAGUUUGAACCCAGUAUUAUAAGCGUUAUUCUAUACGACAACUGCAUAGAGGAUGAAGAGAAUGAGGUCGAUUUGCAAGUUGAGAUUGGAAAUCCCUGCAAUUCCUCUCUAAUAUACAACGAUGAAGAUGAUGCCUUCUUCGUGUUGCAAGACGGUUCCCUACUCAUUAUGGAUAAGUAUGGAAAUGAUAGUUACACUGUGGAAAAGUACUAUUGUCUCGAUAUGGAUAAUGUGUCUGGAAUUACCUACGCCAUAACUUGUAUAACAGCCAUUGAGGAGCACUUGAAACGUGGUCAGAUCAUUGCAAUUGCUGCUUUGAUGCUCGUAUCCAUACCGUGCUUAUUAAUCGUCAGUUACAUACAUAUAAGACUGAAGGAGUUACGUUCGGUACAUGGCCUAUCUCUAAGCUCGUUGUCGUUGUGCUUAGCGUUGGGCUAUUUCCUGCACUCUUUGGUGCAUAUUUUCAAAAUUGAUUCCAUGAAAAUCGGUUAUGUCAUACAGUUCCUAAUGCUAUCAUACUUUAUAUGGUUUUUCUGCCUCUGUUGGAAUGUAUUGGUGAAUAUUUGGUUCCGCAUACCGGCCAAUAAGAGGUCCUCUAAGCUGGUGGUGUGGUGUGUUUUUGCUGGACAUUCACUGGUCUGCUACAGUGUUGCAGGCUUACUGGUGGCGUUGACUAUUCACAAGGGACUUCCUGGUAUGCCGUCCUACUUCAUGCAGGGCUUAACGGCAUCUAUUCGCGAGUCACAACGAUAUUUCAUACCACCAGUAUCUUCAUUCCUCUUCUUAUCAUUUAUUGUAAUGAUGAUAUCAUUCUUCGGUUUUCAAAAGAUUAAGAAACAGAAAGCAGAGAUGGCUGCAAAGAACAGCACGAAUGGCACUGUUCAUCCAAAUAUAACUGCCGAAAUUGAUGAAAUGAAAUAUGAGGAAGUGAAAAAAGAUGCCAAAUGUAUAAGCUUUCUGGGAGUAAUAUUAAUUGUAUCAUGGCUACUGGAAAUUGUCACAUUCUAUUCACCUGGCCCAGACGCUUAUCUUAUGGUCAUGGAAAUGAUCAACGGCUUACAAGGUGUGUUCAUAAUGCUGAUAUUCGUUGUGGUACGACGUAGGCGCACAGUUAUUUUGAGAUGGUGGUACGAUAGAGGAUCUCAUAAUGUUGAGGAUGUAGAGCUUGAGGCGAUGAAUAAAUAAAUUAAUUUCGAACUUGUGCGAAUAAGCGUAGUACAUAGGAAGAUAUGUAUAUAUUUAAAUAUGUAUUAUAUAUGUACAUACAUAUUUGUAGAUGAACUUACAUAUAAAUAUAAAUUAAUUUACCGUUUGAACACGGAAAGUUUUUAAAAGAGAUCAAAGCGAAACGUUUUGAAUUUCUUGAGUAACUAAACUGAUAUCUCUUUAUUUAAUUUCCUUUUAUACGUUAUUCUCUUAUUUACUUAAAGUGCCAAUCACAUUUCUAGCUUAUUAUGCUUAUUAACAAUAGUGUAGUAAGUG